AUGGAAGCCUUUGCAGAGGAUGGGAGCGCUGCGGGGUUCAGACCACAGUCGGGCACAUGCACACUCACCCGUGAGCAGGUGGAAAAGAUCGAAGCCCUCAUACACCUCAUGAAGGAGCACUAUGACCCACUGCCAGCGCAGCUAGAGAUGUACUUACAGCUGAUACCGCCCCCUGCCAGUGUAGCUUCAGCGGAGGAAGACAGCGGAAACAAGGCCCAGCCGCGUCACUUGGUGCGCAACCUGAUGAGGUCCUACUGUAGCCCCUUUCUCGUGUCGCGGGAGUGGGAUGUGCAGAAGGCGUUUUCCAUGAUGCAGGACGUGGUGGCAUAUCGCGCGGCGAACCGCCUCGAUGAGCAGUGCUUCUUCCCGCCCGCCAUUUCGGUGCAUGGGUGGUCCACUGUAGAGGUAUGCAGGGCGCUGCGCCAGAGUCCGCGUGAAACGGCUCUGCGCGUCGACCGCGUCUGCGCUGGGGUAACGCAGGGAAUCACCUGUGGAAUCCACUACUGGGAUAAGGGUGGUCGGCCGGUUGCGUAUGUAAUGAUUGAAAGCCUUGAUGUGGUUGAGCUCAUGCGACAGCUAAGGCAGAUGGCGAGCGUGGGCAAGUCGCCGGCGGAUGUCAUGUGGGAGUACAUGGUGCACCUUCUUGGUGUGAUCGAAUCCGUGAUGCUCUACCAGCUCAUCCAGCGCGAGGCGCGGCGAUCAGGGCGAUCGUCAACGUCGAAGUUCACGGACGAAGCGACACCCGCGGAGGUGACCCAGGGUGCUGUGACGAUGAUAUACGACAUGAAGGGACUCUCGGUGAAAAUGCUGUGGAAGCCGAUACUUGACCUUUUUCGAGACCUUGCCAAGGAGUUCUUCAAGUACUACCCCGACCGCGUUCACCAAAUCAUCUGUGUCAACUCGCCCAGCCUUGUCCGCUACGCCUUUCGUCUUGUGCGUGGCGUCAUGCCGGCAGACUUCCAGAACAAGAUCAGCUUUUUUAGCUCGCACGACACUCUCGCCACGCUAGAGAAAGUGAUAGAUAGGAAGUACAUUCCGCAUUUUCUUGGCGGCGACUGCCACUGCACGGCCGAGGGCGGCGAGUGCCUGAGUGGCUACGACCCGCUGCAUCCACGACGAGCAGCAGUGACAGACGCACAUGCUGACGGCGACGGUGAGGUUUGCACGGAGGAUGUGACGCUAACGGCGAGUCAAGCAUGCACACGCGUGUUUCCAGUGAAGGCAUCGGAAGUGGUCGUCUGGGAUUUUGCUGUAGCGGGUGGCGGCCAUGACAUCACCUUCACUGUCUUCUUUGUGCCCCAGUCGGCCGCUUCAGGGAUGCGAUGGUCCGAAGUCGAAGUGAAGAAGCUGACCCCAUACGCGGUCACCUCGGAGGCGCUGCCUGAGGGGUCCGAUUUGUUUGUCGCAGCCGAGGAUGGCGUAGUAGUGCUGGGGUGGCGCAACAGACGGUCCUGGUUUGCAGCAAAGCGCAUUCAGCUCCGUGCAUACAAGGAGGCAAUGUCCACUACCCUCCACAAGUGA